UGUGGGGGUGGAAAUCGGUCAAGAACUGCAAUUUGCAAAACUGGCGGGAACAGCUGUACAAGGGAUAAAGGGAAAAUCGUAGUAGGAGAGAACCAAACUGCGAGCUGCAAUCUUCAACCCUGCACGACAGGCGUGCCGUCAAGUCCCCCGCCAAGGACCAUGCCAAUAACUAAUGCAACCGAAGAGAGAAAUACCACAGGCAAAGCAACAGGAGGAGUGUCUACAAGAGCUACGCCGCCAGCAAAGCCUACUGGGAAAAUUAAUACAACAGAACAACAAAACACUACAACCACACCUGAAAAAACGACAAAUCCAUCUACAAUAACUAAAAACACCACAGCAAAACCAACGAAAAACACACACAAAGAGACUUCGGGAGUCACGACUCAUGCUGCUCACGAAUCACACAAUCACGGGGGAGGUGAGGGGACCAGUUUUGAAGGACAAAUGAAAAUGGA